UCUCAAAAAGUGGAUGUAUGGAUGUUUUCAUUUUCUAGCCAGGAAAAAAAAAUUUAUGAGAAGAGUGUGUGCUUGUAAAAAAAAAUGUGAAAAGCCCUAAUGUAUAUAUAUAACUAAGGAAAGGUUUUCAAACUUCAGUUGGCAAACAUAUACCAAACACAGCUGUAAAGGACAACCAUACAGAUCGUAACAUGGGCAAGAAAAGGUCGGCUCAAGUCACGUUUGCUCCUGAGGUUGAGGAAAGAGAGAUCGAGAAUGUGGCGUAUGAAAAUGGUGGAUCUCAAGACGAGUCCGAUGAAGAAUUAGAUAAUGGAAAUGAAGAAGAGGAAGAGGAAGAGGAAGAGGAAGAAGGAAAAGCUCAAGAAGAAGGUAAAGCAGAUAAUAAUAAUAAACAUACACAACGUCCUACUAAGAAGCAAAAGAAACAACUUUCAGCUCAAGACAUUCAAGUUGCUCGUGAAACAGCAGAGUUAUUCAAAUCUAAUAUCUUUAAAUUGCAAAUAGAUGAAUUAAUGAAAGAAUUGAGAAUAAAAGAAAGCAAUAUCCAUAAAAUAGAAAAAGCAUUACAUAGAUUACAUGACUUAAUCACCAAGAUACCUCCUGUUAGUAAGUUAACUUUACAACAAGCUGAAAAUCAUUUCAAUUCCAAAAAAGUGGUUAUCCCAUUCCCAGAUCCAAAACCAACUAAACUUAAUUAUACAUUUUCUUAUUUACCUCCUGAAGAUGUAUCUCUUGUGGGUUCAUUUGGUUUGAAGACUGGUAUAGCUCAACCUCAAGGUCUGACUAUAGAUGUUGCUAUCGUCAUGCCACGAGAAUUGUUUCAACCUAAAGAUUACUUAAAUUAUAGAGCUUUAUAUAAGAGAGCAUUCUACAUGGCUUAUUUAACUGAAAACUUAAUCCCAUUAUCCAAAAAAAAUAACUUACCUAUUAAAAUCACUAAUCAUUUCUUAAAUGAUGAUAUAUUAACUCCUGUUUUAAGGGUCGAAAGUAUCAGCACUGACAAUCCAGAAGAUUUAACUUUUCAUAAAACAAAGUUCUCCAUUAAUUUAAUUGUUUCCUUCCCAUUCGGUAUUUUUGAAAAUAAAAAGCUUUUACCAGAUAAGAAUUGUAUCAGAGUUCAAGCUGAUACUGAAGAUUUACCUCCAACUCCACUUUAUAAUGCCGCCAUUUUAUCUUUGACUAGUAAUGAUUAUUAUUUGAAAUAUUUAUAUACUACCAAAAAAUCAACAGAAGCAUUUAAAGAUGCUUGUGUGUUAGGUAGAUUAUGGUUAAAACAAAGAGGUUUCGGUUCAUCUAUUAAUGAAGGUGGGUUCGGUCAUUUUGAAUUCGCCAUUUUGAUGAGUGCUUUAUUAAAUGGUGGUGGUUUAAAUGGAAAUAAAAUCUUACUUCAUGGUUUCUCGUCAUACCAAUUAUUUAAAGGUUUGAUUAAAUACUUAGCAACCAUGGAUUUAAAUAGUGGUUAUCUUUCAUUUUCAAGUUUAAUUGGUGAAAGUAGCUCUUCAAAAUAUAAUUCAGAUGGUUUUAAUGUCCCAACUAUAUUUGAUAAAAAUACCAAGUUGAAUAUACUAUGGAAAAUGACACAAGCUUCUUAUCAAACUUUACAAGAACAAGCUAAGGAAUCAUUGAACUUGUUAAAUGAUGUUGUUAAAGAUAGAUUCGAUCCUAUCUUGUUACAAAAUUCUAAUUUUGAUCAUAUGAAAUACGAUAUUGUAUUGAAUCUUUCUAUUCCUGAAGAAUUAAAUGAUUCAUUUGGUCCAUUAGAAAAGAUUUCAUUCAUAAGUUUUGAUAAUUACAUUAAGAAUAAGAUUUACAAAAUUUUGCAAAAGGCAUUAGGAGAUAGAAUAACUUCCUUAUUUAUCAAAAGUGAAAAAGUUAGUAAUUAUUUUCCUAUCAGUAAGAGAAAACCAACCAACACCACUAAUAGUUAUAUAAUAGGACUUAAAUUAAAUCCAGAUGAAUGUGAUAAAUUAGUAACAAGAGGUCCAAAUAAUGAUGAACAAGAAUUAGGAUUAAAAUUCAGAUCAUUCUGGGGUUCUAAAGCAUCAUUAAGAAGAUUUAAAGUAGGUACCAUCCAACAUUGUGUGGUUUGGACUCCAAGUGAUAAUGAACCAUUGGUGUUAAGUAUAAUCAAAUUUGCUCUUGAUUUACAUUUACAUUCUGAAAUUUCUCAUCAUUUAAGUACAGAAAUUACAAGCUUCACAAGUAAACUUCCACUUCCAUUGUUACCAUCAGCAUCUAAUCAAGUUGCAUCCUCAUCAGCAAGUUUCACUGCCUUGAGAUCAGCCUUUGAUAAUAUGAAUAAGAUUAUUACUAAUUUGGAUUUACCAUUAGGAGUCAAAUCAAUUUCAGCUGCAUCAACUGGUUUAAGAUUUUCUUCAUUAUUACAACCAGUACCAUUUGCUGUUUCCAAUCCAGACUUUUGGAAUGAAGUAGUUUUACAAUUUGAAACUUCUACCAGGUGGCCUGAUGAAUUAUCAUCUUUAGAGAAAACCAAGACAGCUUUCUUAUUAAAGAUUAAUGAGUUACUUAAUAAUAAUACUACUUAUAAGUCAUUUAUUACCAAAGAUGACUCUAUUCCAUUCAACGAAGAUAUUUCUUUAUUGAAUGUGUUGACUCCAGAAGGUUUUGGUUUUAAGAUCAGAGUCUUAACUGAAAGAGAUGAAGUAUUAUACUUGAGAGCAGUUGCAAAUUCAGAAAAGCAAAAGGCUUUGAUGCAAGACGUUUAUUUAAAAUUCAAUCAAAAAUAUAUCGGAGCUGUUAAACAUACUAGAACCGUAACUCAAUUAGCUCAUCAUUUCCAAUUUUAUUCAUCCACUGUCAGAUUAUUCAAAUUAUGGUUGGAUUCUCAAUUACUUUUACAACAUUUCACUGAUGAAUUGAUCGAAUUAAUCGCUCUUAAAUCAUUCGUUGAUCCAGCUCCUUAUUCUGUUCCACAUUCACUUGAAAAUGGUUUCUUACAAAUAUUGAAUUUCGUUGCUAACUGGAAUUGGAAAGAAGAAUCAUUAGUAUUGGAUCUUGUUAAAAGUACAGUCACGGAUGAUGAUGAAAAAUUAAAUGAUAAAUUAACUGUUCAAGCCUAUAGAGUGAUUGAGCAAAAUUUUGAAACCAUUAGAUCCAAUGAUCCAUCUGGUAUCAAGACUCAAUUCUUUGUUGCUUCAAAGGAAGAUCCUUCUGGUAUUUUAUGGUCAAAUCAAUUAGCGUUACCAAUUUCUUCUAGAUUGACUGCUUUAUCUAGAGUUGCUAUUCAAUUGAUUAAAAAGGAUGGAUUAUCAGAUGCUACUCUUGAUUUAAUCUUCACUCCUGCUUUAAAAGAUUAUGAUUUUGUUAUCAAUGUUAAGUCUGCUAAUUUAACUACCUCAUCUGGUGUCUUACCUCCUAAUACAUUCAAGAAUUUAAUUAAUCCAUUGACUUCUUUCCCUGAUGAUAUCACUACUAAGUAUGAUUUAAUCCAAGCAUAUGUUGAUGAAUUAAACAAGAAAUUUGGAAAUGCAAUCAUUUUCUCAUCAAGAAAGUUCACUGGUAUAAGUGAAGGUGGAGAUUCAAACUAUGUCACUGGUAUUUUUGUUCCAAUGGCUUUAAAUAAGAAGAAGUUUAGGGUUAAUGUCGGUAUAAAUACCAAACCAGUAGAAGAUCUGACUGGUGAAAUCGUAAUCAAUAAAGAAGCUAUCUACAACCAAAUGACAUUACUUGGUGGAGAUUUAGUUCAAUCUAUCAAGAUCAGAAAGUAGAGUAACAUAUGUAUGCAUAUAUGUAUAGUAAAUAUAAUCUUAAUUUAUUGUAAUAUUAUAUUUUAA